AUGGUCUUUGAGGGUGCAAAUCAGUUCAGGAAAGCAGUAGCAGAUUAUGCUGUAGAGUACAGGAGGCAGAUAAAGUUAAGACCUAAUGAAAAACAUAGAGUGAGGGUGAAGUGCAAAAAUGCUAACUGUAAGUGGUUGUUAUAUGCUUCCAUUCACAGGGACUCAGGUGAUUUCAUUGUGAAGAACUAUCAUCCUGUUCACAAGUGUAUUCCAUUAAACAGGAACAAGUUAUGUAAUUCAAAGUUAAUUGCUAGAAAGUUUAAGGACAGAAUUGUAUCUCAACCAUACAUAAGGAUUUGGGAAAUUCAAGAUUUGGUUAGAAAGACAUUGGGUCUUUAUGUUGGUAAGACUCUUUGUUACAGGGCUAAACAGAGGAUUAUGAAGGAAAACAUGGGUGAUUGGAAAGUCGAAUUUGCCAGAUUGUGUGACUAUGCAGAUAUGAUCAAACAAACCAAUCCUGGAAGCUCUUGUUGGGUAAAAAUUGAUAAGGAAACUGAACCAGGAAAGAACCUUUUUGUGUAUUUUUAUGUGUGCUUUCAUGCAUUUAAGCAAGGAUGGUUGGAGGGGUGUAGGAAUAUAAUUGGAUUUGAUGGUUGUUUUCUUAAGGGAGCUUGUAAAGGUGAGCUAUUAGUUGUUGUUGGAAAGAAUGAGAACAAUCAAAUGUAUCCCAUUGCCUGGGCAGUUGUGGAUACAGAAACAAAACAUAGUUGGAGCUGGUUCAUAAGGUAUUUAAUUGCUGAUCUAAACUUGGGAACUGGUGAAGGUUUGACUGUAAUGUCAGUUAUGCAAAAGGGACUUAUUCCUGUCUUGUCAGAGUUGUUACCAAAUGUUGAGAAAAGGAUGUGUGCUAGACAUAUAUGGAGUAACUGGCAUGUGAACUGGAAAGGAGAAGAAAGAAGGAAACAAUUUUGGAGAUGCUCAAAGGCCUCCUUUGAAGUCAAGUUUGGAGAAGAAGUUCAUGCAAUGUCCAAGCUAGGUAAGAAGGAAAUAACAGAGGACUUGCUACAUUAUGAUCCCAGAAAUUGA